AUGUUGUUUCUGGUGUUACAGAUUUCAAAACUGAAUCGAAAAUUAUCAAAACAUGAAGAUCAAAUGGUUAAAGAAGUUGCUGAAGAAAAUAAACACCUUUUGAAACAAGUGGAAGAAUUAAAAAAGGCACUUGAUUCUAAAUUCUUGGAAGGAAAGGACAACAUAAACUGUAAGGAAUAUCAGACAUUGUUUGAGAAAAACCAUGAUCUACAGAAACAACUGUUGCAGUUAUCAAAAGAAAACAUUGAAAUUCAUUUUGAAAUGGAAGAAGCGAAAAAAGAUGUACCUCGUUUAAAGGCUCGUGUUGAUGAUUUGCAAACAUAUAUUGAAGCAUUAAAAGCAGAAAACAAGCGUUUAAGUGGGGACAAAUCAGAGGUUACAAAGGUUGGUGAAAGCGGUAAAAGUCCAAAGGAGCUGGAGAAAAUAAUUGCAUUGCUUAAAAAAGUAGUCGACCGUGUGCAGUCAGAGAAUGAACAAUUGAAGCAGUCAACUGGAACAGCUUCUCUGAAACAAGAAAAUCUUGAUUUGGUUCAAAAAGUUAGGGAUCUUGAAAAGAAAUUGGGACAGUUCUCUACAGAUAAACAUCUUACAAAAGAGAAAGGAAUGACAAAAUUAAUGGUUGAUUACGAGAAACUUAGAAAAGAUUUAUUAAAAGAGACUGAUCUCAAAAUGAAACUUCAAAACCAAGUUGAGGACCUACAAGAGGAACAACGAAUUUUGAAAUGCACAGUAGAGGGAAGUGGCAUAAAGUUUGUUAAAGGUAACAACACAUUGCAAUCUUCUGAAUCCAAAAUUGAUACAAUAAAGAAACUGGAAGAAGAUCUUGAAAAUAAGCGUAAAACAAUGGCAGACAUGAAAAUUCUUUUACGAGAAUCUGCUGAGAGAGAACAAGAUUUGCUUCAAGAAAAACAAGAAUUAUUAAGAAAGAUUCAGCUGUUAGAAAGUAUUCCAAAUGAAUCUAUCAAUUCAGAUGCUGCAUUAAACCAUGCUUACAGAAAAGCCAAGUUAACAAUAAGUGAACUGCAAAGCGAGAAAAAUGAACUUUUCAAAGAGGUGAAACUUCUGCAACAAAAGCUCCAUGGGGAAGUACCGAAAAUGACUGAAGACAUGUUACAGAAAGCUAGAAGCUAUGAUUCUUUAAUAUCUAAAAACACAGAGCUUACAGUGCAACUGAAAACAUUGAAACUUGAAAAAGAUAAACAAUCCUCUGAAAUCUUCCAGCUAAAAGAUGAACUGAAGAAUUUUAGACCAGAAUUCUUUGAAGAGAUUGAAGAUUUGAAGUACAAUUAUAGAGAAGCUAUGAAAAAACUUGCACUUUAUGAAAAUAAAUGACAACAAGAGAAUAAGUAGUCCGUUGGUAACACUUUUCCCAUAAUUUUCUUCAAUCACCACAGAGAUUCACCCAUCCAUCUUUCCCCUCUUAUUUCAUUGUGGAAUUAUUUAAAUGUCUUAGCGGAUCGAUACCACUGUAAUAGUGGAAGAAGAAACUGAAAGGGGACAAAAGUUGGUGAGCUAGUAGAUGUUCAUAAGUGCAGGCUUGCCUAUCAAGUAAGCUAAUUUUCCAUGAGAGGAGGUAUUCUAGUAUGUGUGUAUUAUGAUGUGCAUCUCUCACAGCAUUUCCCUUAAUCAAUCUGCAUCCUGUCAAAUUCUCUGUAUCACUUCUCUUGUAUUAACCUUCCAGUAACUUGAAGGUAUGUCCAGAUACAUCUUCACCAUUUACUCUCUCUUUUCCAUCUGGAGUAGCCAUUAUUUCCUCUGCAGUGAGACACUCCUGUCUAUCAUACUUUAACCUCCCACCAACUGGUAUAAAGCCAGGUCCCUCAAUACUACAUAUCCCUAGUUAAGGGGUUUUGUGUUGCAAGUUACUUAGUGAUCUCACUGGUGCUGGUGAGUGUCAUGAAAAAAAAGCACCCAGUACACUCUGUAAAGUGGUUGGCAUUAGGAAGGGUAUCCAGCCGUAAAAACCAAGUCAAAGUAGACACUAGAGCAUGGUGCAGUCUUUUGACUUGCCAGUUCCUGUCAAACCAUCCAACCCAUGCCAGCAUGGAAAAUAGACAUUAAAUGAUUGUGUUUUGUAGUAGGUUAUCAGUAACUUAGAGCUAUUUAUUUAUUGUUCUCUCUCUCAGAAACCAGAGUUCAUUGUUUGUUGUGAGGCAAUUUUGGCUGUGGGAAAUAGCUAAGGUUUCCAUUAAAUGUCAUUUGACGUUAUUAAAUCUUCUAAAAAGAUUAUUUUGUAUGGUUUUCAUUUCUUUUCAAUGUGGGUCACUGAAUUUAAUAGUAAUCGAUAUUUUACAAACAAGUUAAGAUAAAUAUUUCAUGUAUUAUGUGUAAAGUUAUUCAUAUAUUCUUUUUAGUGUGCUUCCCUAUGACUCAUUUUCACUGUUAUUUUUGCCCUUAUGGCAGCACCACCACUGCAGUCUUCAAACAAUUUGAAAAGCAAGAUAAGUGCAGCCGGAAUGAGAAGAUAGGGUGCAGCCUUAUUAUUUGGUAAGGCUAACUGGACAUUCAACCUGUUUUGAUACUGGAGGCAUGCACAAGAGUAUACAAAAAUAUAUACAGAGAGAGAGAGAGAGAGAGAUUACAAUUUAUUAACUGAACAUGUUUGACAUGAACAUUUUCCCUCUCCUCAUACACAUAAAGAGAAAUAUGCUCACAUACAUAGAGAAAGAGAAAAAGAGACAGAAACAUUAAAACAUCUAAUGUCAAAUAGGCCAGCAUUGAAUCAACAAUGCCAAAUAGAUGGCACCAAAAUGCUGUGUCAAAGCAUCUCAUACCUGGCCCAACAGUCAUUGACUGCUGCAGUGCCUCUUUGCGUAGAUAUGUUAAAGUGUGCAACAGGAUUGUAGCACAGAUUAAAGAACAGCAUAUUCAAGGUGCAAACUCUACUGCACUGAUUUCCAAUCUUUUAAGGCACUAAAACUGUAAUGGCACUCUGUCAGCUUUAAAAGUUUUUGAAACUAAGAAACUGGUAUUAAAAUUAUUUAAAAAUAGAUGGGAGCUUGGACUUUGCCACAUUGAAAUUACUAUACACUGGUAUUAACUGGCACUUUGUUGGUUACUACAACUGUUUCCAUUGAGCUGAUCUAUGGAACAGCCUGAUUGUAAAAAUUAACAUGCAAAUAGCUGAGCACUCCACAAACAUGCAUACCCUUAAUGUAGUUCUCAGAGAGAUUCUGUGUGAUGCAGUUUGUGGUAAGGCUGGUCCUUUGAAUUUACAAUGUUUUUUGUCAGCUGAGUGAACUGGAGCAAUAUGAAAUAAAGCAUCUUGCUCAAAGGCACAAUGUGCUGCUGGAAAUUGAACUCAUGAUCUUAUAAUUGUGAGCUGAAUACCGUAACCAUUAAGCCCUGUGCCUUUACAUACAUUGGUAUAGUGCAGUAAAAGAAACACUCAAGUUUUUCUUCAUAUUGUGAUAUUUUUGACUCACCUUUAAAACUUAAUAAUAAUCCUUUCUACUAUAGGCACAAGGCCUGGAAUUUGGGGGAGGGGGGUAUAGGUGAUUACAUCAACCCCAGUGUUUCACUGGUACCUAAUUUAUUGACCUCAAAAGGAUGAAAGAUAAAGUUGACUUUGGUGGAAUUUGAACUUACAACACAAAAAUAGAUGAAAUACUGCUAAGCAUUUUGUCUGUCAUGCUAACAACUCUACCAGCUCACCAACUUAAUAAUAAUAGUAACAGCAACAACAUUGUUAUCAUCAUCAUCAUCAUUAUGACCAUUGUCUUCUAUCAGUGGAGUAAUGACAAAGGUCAAUUUAAAGUUGCCUCGUUAUUGUUGUUCUUAUUAACUCCUACUCAACUCUGAUUGGACAAUUGUUCUAGUCAUGACUAUCCUAUUUUCUCUCAGGUAUUGUAUGUCUAGGGCAACAUUGUCUUUCCAUUCUUAAGACGGUAGGGUGGAAAUUUAGCUGUUAUUUCUAGCAGGUCACAUUAUCAUUUAAUAGCUCUCUUGGCUUGUGAUUGGUCACUAAUGUAGAUAUUUUUUGCUAUGUGUUAGCUUUUGUUAAAAAACCCUGUUAAAGCUACUCCUAAGAUAUAAUUUAUUGCAAAAAUUACCCCUUUAAUCAUAAUCAUCAUAAUUUUAAUGCCCAGAAUUCAUUUAGGUAGAUUUUACUGCAGCUGGAUGCUCUUCCUGCGUCUAAUCCUCACCUGUUUAAUAUUUCCCUAUGGCCAAACAUGUUUUGAUUGCAGACUGGAAACAAGGGAUUCCACUUAUAAAACAACGAUGCUCAUUUAUAACUGCCCCACUGAUGUCCAAACAAGGAGACAAACACACAUACAAAUAUGGCAGGCCUGUUUUAGUUUCCAUGUACUAAAUCCACUUACAAGGCUUUACUUACUUACAUAUUUUAGCCUCUCAGCACCUCACACAAAACCACCUCCCUCUUUCAGAUAAUUCCCAUCCCAAUAACUAGUUGUUAGGGGCUUUUUCCCUGUUUUUUUUUUGUUUUGUUUUGCAUGUUAUUUGAUGAUCUCACGCGUGCCAGUGGCAUGAAAAAUGCACCCAGUACACACAGUUAAGUAGUAGGUGUUAAGAAAGGCAUCCAGCUGUAGAAAUCAUGCCAAAGCUCACACUGGAGCUUGAGGCAACACUAUGGCUUGCCCACUGAAGGUGCGUGGCUUAGUGGUUAGGGUGUUGGAAUUAUGAUCAUAAGAUUGUGGUUUCGAUUCCUGGACCAGGCAGCACAUUGUGUUCUUGAGCAAAACACUUCAUUUCAUGUUGCUCCAGUCCACUCAGCUAGCAAAAAUAAGUAAUCCUGCGAUGAAUUGACAUCCUAUCCAGGUGGAGAAUUUAUAUGUCAUGAAACUGGGAAACUAGUCCUUGUGAAUCAGCAUGACUUGAGAAAGUAACUUUACUUGCUAGACCCUGUCAAACCAUGGAAAAAGGAUAUCAACUCUUAACCCUUUAAACUAGCCAUAUCUGUCCCAAAUAUUCUACCUCUUUUAUGAUCAAACUAACCAGAUCUGACCUCUCACACCUACCUUAUAAUGUCAUUCCAAAAGUAAACAGUCACAUCAUUGAAUUCUCAAAGUUAUGAGAUAAAACAUGAUUAAUUCAAAUUAGUGUGAAUAAAUAAGUAUUACAUUUGACAGAGUAAUGUGAAUGCUAAUGGGUUGAUGCUGAUGAUGGUGGUGAUGAUGUUCUCUUUGAUGGUCUCUUAAUACUUUCAAAUAACUCAGCUGAAUUUACAAUUCUUCCAUAUUGAUGGAGUUCUAAAAUUAAUGAGAACAUUUAUGAAGAUUCUAGAACAAAAUUAUCUUUUGAUGAAAAUACCUUUUUUAUUAAAAAGGUCUAUUGAGGCACAGUUACUCAUAGAAUCAAGUGAUACAAGGUUGAGUGUGAAAGCCUUACUACAUCCAAGAUAUUACAUUUCUCACCUCAGUUUGUCUUGUUGAAUAGACGCUGCAUUAACUUCUGAUGAAUGGUACUCUGCAUUUUCAUCAACAAUUUAAAUACUUAUACUUCAAUUUGUGGACCCUUCCCACAUGUAAAAAGCACGAUAAAAUAAAUAAAUAUAUAUAAAAAAUAGUCAAUAAUAUUUAUAUAAGUGCUUUAAAUUAAACAUUAAAAAGACAAUUUGUUUUUGUAUUUUUGUAUUUAAUUUCUGUUUUUAGACUAUAUUUUUUUAUAAUCAUAAAAAACUCUAAUAUAUGUUUUGUAAUGUAUAAAUCAUAAAUAAAAUUAUAUUUCAUUUUUA